AUGCCUUCAAAUUUACGCCGAAAACGAUUGCAACAACGCGAGUAUAGAAAUAGAAAACGUUGUCGCAAUAUGGAUGAUGGUUCUUUAGAUAGGGUUUCUUUGGUUGAUGGUAAUGGUAGUGAUAAUUUGGGUGAUGGUUGUUUAGGUAGGGGUUAUUUGGUAGAAGGUCAAGGUAAUGAUGCUUUGGAUGAUGGUUGUUUAAAUAGAGAUUCUUUUGUUGGUGGUAGGGGUAGUGAGCAGUUAGUUGAUGGUUGUUUAGUUGAAAAUUCUUUUGGUGUUUUUUUAGAAAAGUCUGUAAUAGAUUAUGAUGAAAGCGUUGCAAGUGAUAUUAGUAAAAGUGAGAUUAGUAGUAAUUUUUCGAGCUCUUUUUCACGAAGUGUUUCACCUGGUAGUUCAUUGUUUCCUAAAAGAGGUAGACCAUCAAAAAACAAAAGAUGCGGUGUGGCCUAA